AUGCGUGGAUCGUUCCUGAGACCCCUGACGCGACGUCUGAGUUUGUGUCUCGUGUUGUGCUCCCUAUCGACGCUCGCCUACAUUUGCCUUCUUGGUUCUCCGAGACUACAGCUGACUUCGUCUCUCAAUGGACUGGUCGACGAUCCUGGGGGCGAUGAUUCUCCGCAAACCGGGUCCGCAACCCAGGCUGGUCGUGAGCUGACCUGUGACAUCAAUGGUUUGCAGCAUGUCAGCUGUCUCCGUGAUGGGCUCGAAGUGUUCCUGCCGUUUAGCUUCAUCCGCAAGUACUUCGAGGUGUAUGGGAAGCUCUCCGCUGAUGGUUCGACGUUCCACUGGCAGCAUUCCUACUCGAAAUACUCGAACCCCAGCCAGAAGUAUAAAGCCAAUGGACCGUAUUUAUGGUUCGGGAACUAUAACGUCGCUAUUCGCGACCGCGUCAAAGUCAUCUCGGGCAUUGAAGGUAAGCCGAAGCGGUCGUCGCGUGGUGUUCCCGUCAGCACGCAGUGGAACUCUUCCGGACAUCUUUACCCGACACAAAUAGCGCAAUUCGGAUUGAGUCAUUUCAGCAAGAACCUGACUGCAACCUCAACAACGCGACGUCAGUUUCUGCUCACGCGGGGUACGACGCAAGAUGGCUGCGAAUGGAAAGCCAAAGAGGGCGCUGUCUUCCGACCCACGUCCGACGAAGACACGGGUCGACCCGUCAUGGAGUUCCGAACUUCUGAGGGCGAGGCCGCGCCCGGCGUCGAACUCGAUUUCGAGACUACCGAGCAAUUCCCCAUCGUUCAGCUGGACCUGUUCCUCGGACAAAACGGGAGCGUCUCGGUGUACGUCAUAGCGUCAGGAACCACGUACGGAGUCCACUACGUCAUGACCGACGUACUCAUCAGCAGCAAGGGUCAGGACGUUUACGUGGGCAUCGGAGCAUCACGGAACGCCUGGAGAACCUUGACCCGAGACGUCUUCAUCGAUUUACGGAAGGGUCUCCAGACCGGAACAGGGAAACGAGCAUCGAGAACAGCCGCGGCCCUCGUAGGAAAAACUGUCCAAAUAGUGAAGAUCGUGUUCCGGGGUCACGGUCGAAUCGGGAACGCGACGCUGCUGACGCAGGCGCACGACGAAUAUUUUUUCGCCGCGUGCAACUAUCUUGUCAAAAACCAGGACCGCGACGGGGGCUGGCCAAUUACCGUGGGCAGGAACCUCGUGCCGGAACUCCUUUUCCUGACAGCGCCCUGGUAUUCGGCGAUGGCCCAAGGCCAGUGCAUGUCAUUGCUCGUGCGAGCGUACCUAGUCACCCGGCAGCAGAUCUAUCUACAGUCUGCUCUGAGAGCACUCGAGCUCUUCAAGAAGGACUCGAGGAAUGGCGGUGUGCUCACGAAAUUCGCCGACAAAUACAGUUGGUACGAAGAGUACCCGACGCCAAAGAGCUCUUUUGUGCUCAACGGCUUCAUCUAUUCGUUGUUCGGCAUCUACGACGUUUUCAAGGUGAGCAACGACAGCGGAGCCCGAACGCUGUUCCUUGACGGGAUGACCAGUCUCAAACACAUGCUGCCUCUGUUCGACACGGGCUCGGGGUCUGUGUACGACCUGAGACAUUUCUCGAUUCCGUCACUGCCGCCCAACAUCGCCCGUUGGGACUAUCACACAACGCACAUAAGUCAACUGCUUUACCUCAACACGAUAAUGCAGUCGAAAAUUCUGGAAACGACGGCGCAACGCUGGAUCGAUUACCUGCAUGGAAAAAGGGCUCCGCACAACUAA